GCUAGCUUACUCCUGCCGCCAGCCCGCCAUCAGCUAAGCAUCCAUCCAUGUUCUAUAUAGAAAGCUCUCCGGCUUGCUCAAUCAUCAGCAAUUCAGCAUUAGCAAUACACAGUGUCAGAUUGUCACCAUAUAUAGUAGCCAUCAAUUGAAACCACAUAAGAGAUCAGAGAGUUAAUUAAUCCGGCAGCCAUGGAGAACGUCACCGGAGGAGGAGGAGGAGGAUCGCCGCGGCGGGUGGUGGUGGCGGUGGACGAGAGCGAGGAGAGCAUGCACGCGCUGUCGUGGUGCCUCUCCAACGUGGUCUCCGCCGCCGCCAAGUCCCCCGCGGCCGCGCCGCCGCCGGCCGUGGUCCUGGUCCACGCCCGGCCGGCGCGGCCGCUCUACUACCCGGUGAUCGACGGCGGCGGCUACGUGCUGACCCAGGAGGUGAUGGACAGCAUGGACCGCUACAUGGCCACCGCCGCCGACUCCGUCGUCGCCAAGGCCCGCGACAUCUGCACCGCCUUCCCCAAUGUGAAGGUGGAGACGCGGGUGGAGAAAGGGGACCCGAGGGAUGUGAUCUGCGGGGCGGUGGAGAAGGCCGGCGCGGACAUGGUGGUGAUGGGGAGCCAUGGUUACGGUUUCCUGCAGAGGACGCUGCUGGGGAGCGUCAGCAACCACUGCGUCCAGCACUGCAAGUGCCCCGUCGUCGUCGUCAAGAGGCCCGGCACCAACGCCAAGGCCUCUUGAUGCGCCAACUCCGCGGUCCAGGAUGCAAUCUGUGGAAUGUUGUGAUAAUAUGGGUGUAUGUAUAUAGUGGCCUUGGUGCAGAGUUUGUGUAUGUGUAGUAGUACAUGUUUUCCUUGUAGUAACAAGUAACAACAUUAUUGCACUCUCUAAUGUAUAUAUGCAAAUGCUAGGCUUGCUUCAGUUACUGUGCAA